UUAGAGCUGAAGAGAAUGGAGUGGACAACAAUCAAGGAGAGAGGCCUUCAGACCGUGGGAAACGUGGCCGUGGGAGAGGGUUUGGACGUGGCAGAGGGAGAGGAGCGGGGAGGUUUUCAGCCCAAGGCAUGGGGACAUUUAACCCUGCAGAUUAUACGGAGUCUUCUGCCACUGAUGGCUUUGGGACAAAAUCAGAGAUUUGGGAGACUGGUCAGAGUGAUGCAGAUGAUGGAACUGGAGCAUGGAAAAAUUCAAUAGAAGAAUGGACAGCAGAAGACUGGAAUGAAGAUCUUUCUGAAACAAAAGUCUUCACUGCUUCCUCUGUUCCAGCUGAGAAUCAUGUGACUCCUGGGCAAAGCAUCGAUUUGGUAACACUGCUUCAAAAACCUGUGACUUCUGCCCAGGAGACAGAAGGCAACUCAUUUGAGGCUCCCCAGCAGCAGACCUUUGGCCAAGCCCUGGUCUUCACAAAUUCUCAGCAUAGCACCCAGAUGGCAUCAGGAACUGGAAGCUCCAGUGCUGUAAACUCUUAUUCUCCUCAAAGUCUGUCUGCAGUUCUUUGUUCUGGCUUUGGAGAACUCGGGUCCUCUAAAUUGGCAAACUCUGCUGGAUCCCAAAUCUUGGACCAGCUGAAAACUCCAGGAUUGGGUCAGUUUACCUCUCAACAAAACAAUAAUAGCCCUACCACCACUACCACAACUACGACAUCAUCCUGGGAUCUAAAACCACCCAUUACCCAGUCCUCAGUCCUCAGUCAGUUUGACUUUAAAUCCCAGCCUGAACCAUCCCCAGUUCUGAGCCAGUUAACCCAGCGACAGCAACAACAAACGCAGGCAGUUCCUGUUCCUCCUCCUGGGCUGGAGUCCUUCUCCUCCCAGGUAAAACUCCGAGAGCCAUCGCCAAUAGACACCUCUACAGCUGUCAGCAAAAUGUUACAGCUCCCUACUAUAUCUAUGGAUAACCAGGCAGUGACUGCCCAUCAAACCCAGCAGAAACAGAUAAAACCACCAAAACGGAGGAUAACUCCAGCAUCCAAGAUUCCUGCCUCUGCAGUGGAGAUGCCUGGAUCUGCGGAUGUGACAGGGUUAAAUGUUCAGUUUGGAGCUCUGGAGUUUGGAUCGGAACCUGCACUCCCAGAGUUUGGAUCAACUUCAAGCAGUGAGAAUACCAGCCGAGCGACCAACAAUAGCUUGUACUCAAAAUCUGUAAAUGAUCCUUUGAAUACCUCUUUGCCAAUAUCCAAUACAGUACAGGAGUCCACCUACACAACCUCUGCCAUCACCUCUUCCAGUCUGACCUGCUCAUCCCAGAGCAUUAGCCCAGUAACAACAACUUCCUCCUAUGACCAGACUUCUGUGCAUAGUAGGAUACCGUACCAAAGCUCCAUGGCUCCGUCUGAAUCAACCCCUGUUGCAGUUACGAAUGGGCACAGCGGUGUUGGAACACAGGCAACUCUUGACACACCUAAGACAGAGCCUUCUCCCUCACUACCUUCUGCUGGUUCUCUGCCUAGUGUGGUAUCCACCACUGCUUCGCUUCUGCCUUCAGCAUCGCAGCAUGCGGCAACGUUGCCCAGCUUGCCUCAGUCCAGUGAUUUAGCCAGCAGCUCACUUUCCCAGUUAAGCAGCUCCCUUUCCAAUCAUCAGAGCAGCCUCUCCCCUGCCUCAGUGUUGUCCUCAAGCACAUCACAUGCACACACUAGUGUUGAGAACACAACUUCGCUCCAGCCCUCAACAACCUUUUCAGCUGCUUCAACCUCAGCCACUAGCACCACCUCUUCGGUUGUCAGCAUGGCAAGCAGUAUGAACACUACAAACAGCCUUGGCCUGAGCGUUACCAGUGUGUCUAUACCAGCUGCUACCACACGGGCAGCUCCCUUAGUGUCUUCAGGCAAAGCUCCCCCAAACCUGCCCCAAGGUGUACCACCCCUGUUGCAUAACCAGUAUAUUGUGGGACCUGGAGGACUUCUGCCUGCCUACCCAAUUUACGGUUAUGAUGAUCUCCAGAUGCUUCAAUCUAGGCUGCCAAUG